GCAAGAAGAGCUAAUGGUAGUGGCGAUCUCGCUGCUAAGGUUGUUCGCCCAAGCACAGGCAACUGGUUUGAUGUCUUGCCUGGUCAGGAACCUGAACAUGUGAACUUUUCAUCUGGCGCUCAGAUGUCCGAGAAGUCCAAUAUUAAAGUUGUGGAAAGAGUAGAAGAGAAUAAUAAUGGCGUUACAUCAACUCCCAGCAGUGAGACUGUCUCCAGUCCUCUCAGCGAUAGUGCUUAUCUUGCCAGUUCCAGUUCUGACAGCAGUGGCGAAGAAGUAGUCAGCGUCCUGUCGUGAGGACAUGCAUCUAGUAUCACUUUAGGAAUUCCUGUGGUUACUCGAAGUAAUAGUUGUCCUGUUACAAGGACGACUACUCUAACAGGAGACGACAUGAUGUAUCCGGACCAUACUAUGAGAAGUGCCUUAAUUUAUACCUUUGAUUGAACAGUAUUUUUCUAAAUAUGAAUGAAAAAGCUAGAAGGAGAUGAGAAUUUAUGAGCAGUGGUGUCUGUAUAUACUUCUGCUUAGGAAGAAACUAAGAUCUAACGACGAUCCACUUAAGAGAUGAAACGUGGAGUCUUGUUGCAUAGAUGGUCGUUUUUCAAAGUUAGUCUUUUUGGCGUUUGGGACGGAAGUUUUUUUUUUGGCGUUUUGGCGAAUGUACUUGUAUUAUUACUUAUUCUACUACUAUUUGAG